UGUCUGUUUGUGAUUUGGUUCUGUGUGGAUGUUGCAAUGAAAUAUUAACCAAGAAGAUGUGCAAGAGACCAGUGGGACCUGCUGUUCUGGGGAAUAUGCUUAGACUGAAAUCAAACUAAAAAAACCCUUUGAAGUCCUGGUGACUUAUUAAGUACUUGUUAAAAGAGAAUACUGAUGUAAUCACCUUUCAGAUGGGAAACAGCCUUCACAGUGACUCAAAAUUAGUAUAAUCCCACUAGUGACUGAACAACCAGGUCCAAUUUAAAAACUCUUCUGGUGACUUAAUUUAUAAAGCAACAACUGAAUUGCUAAGGCCAGGCUUUCUAAUUAGGACUGGGGUGAGUGUAGGGGGUAGGUGGAAGGCCACAAUUUAAAUUUAAUUGCCCCUUUUUCUCCCAUAGACAAACUAAUAUGUGGUCUGGAAGAGAAUUAUUUUCUGAAUUUUUAAUUUGCAUAAAAAUUACUUCCAGACUUAACAAAGCCUUUACAAUUUCUUCAGCUUUGAAAUGUUAACAAAAAUAUUGGUGUCAGAAAUUUUAUAAUCUCAAAAUGUUGAAAUUAACAUGGCUUUCAUCUCUGAAAGGAAAAGUACUUGAGGAAAACUUAAUGCCAAUAUUCAGUGUUUUCCAGGUUUUGAUAGAAGUAGUUCUUUUAGAUUUCUAUAAAGAAUUAUGAUACCAGGAGAAGUGUUUUAACUGAUCUGUUACAGCAGAAGUUAAAAACAUGCUUAAUAUAAGUUUGCUGAAGAAAAAAAAUCCCAAACCAUACUCUCUGCUUCAGAAAUUCUUUAAAAUUCUUUAAAAUUUAGGCUAAGCUCUGUACAGACACAGGAAGUAAAAUUACUUUUUUCUUUCUCACUUAAAUGUCCAAUAUCUCAAAUAAAUAGAGAAAAACAGACUUUGACAUGUUUAACAUUAAAUACUUUUGAAACUUUCACACGAUAUUAUUUCUUCUUUUUCCCACAGUGAAUAAGGGUUUUUUGGGUUUUGUUUUGGUUUUUUUUUUUUUCCUUUUUGACUAUGAAAAAGAGGCAGAGUUCUGUUUAAAAGUUAUCUGCAAAAUAUUUGAAUCAUAUUCCCAUCUAGGGGCCAUACUCCAGCUUUUGUUUUAAGGAAAUUCAAGUUUAGUGUUGCCACUUGUUACUGUGGGUCAGUGCAGUGGGUCCUGGAUGAUGUUGGGCAGAAUCAGUGCACCCAGAUCCUAGCAAAUAUGAGAACACACAGCUAUCUAUAUGUUUGCUAUGAAAAAAAGAAAGACCAUCAAUACAAAAAUAAAACAACGGGUUAAUCACCAAGAAUCCUUGAAUUUGGGCUGCUGUCAGAAACUCUAAAUCUUGAGAUAGUAUAUACACUCAUCUUUCACAUCUAGGAAUGAAUGUAGGACCAAGACAACUUCACCACAGACAUGGGAAAAUACAUUCCUGAAAGAAGAAGAUAUAAAUAGGCUGUAUUGGCUGGAAACCAGAAGAGGACUCAUGACAGUGGAAAAGUUCUAGAAAUGUUUUCAUGCUGAAUAUAAUAAUUUGAAAAGAAGAUGAAGUGUCUCCUGUGCCUGUGUUUACUCCUUGCUGUUCUUUGUGCUGUAACCCAUUGCUGCCCUGAAGACAUUUGCCAUGAAGUCAACAAUACUAAUCUGCAGGAUGGAAGACAAAAUUUAUUAACAUAUAGCUGUGACAAGAAAGGCUCUAACUAUGCAGAUUUUGUAUUUAGGUUUUACAAGCAGGCUUCAUCAGAAGAAGCUGAUAAAAAUGUGUUCUUUUCUCCUGUGAGCAUCUCCACUGCCUUUGCCAUGCUGGCUGUUGGUGCUAAAUCAACCACGCUCUCUCAGAUUUUUGAAGGACUGGGCUUUGGCAACCUAACUGAGACUCACAUAAAUGAUGUACAUGAAAGUUUUCACAAAGUUUUGUCAGUACUGAACUGUGCUGAUGUUAAUACCACGUUAAAUAUAGGGAAUGCUCUUUUUACAGCUGCUGGGUAUGAACCACAGGAAUCAUUUUUAAAAAAUACCAAAAAAUUUUAUGAUGCAGAUUUUUUCUCCAGUGAUUUUCAUAAACCAGAAGAAGCUACAAAGCAAAUCAAUAAAUAUGUAGAAGAGAAAACCAAGGGGAAAAUUCCUGAAUUAGUUGGCCAUCUUGAUCCAAGGACUGUUCUGGUUCUUGUUAACUAUAUUUACUUUAAAGCUGCCUGGGAAAAGUCUUUCGAUCCUUUGCGUACAUAUGAGGAUGAUUUUUUUGUGAACCCAAAUGCAUCUGUUAGAGUCAACAUGAUGCAGCAUGAUGGUAUCUCAAAUGUUUACUAUGACCAGGAUCUCUCCUGUGUGGUGGUAGAGCUGCCUUACCAGGGCACUGCACGAGCGUUGCUUAUUCUGCCUGAUGAUGGAAAGAUGAAGCAAGUGGAAGAUGCUCUCUCUAAGAAAACAGUUUGUAAAUGGGAUAGCAAACUUGUGACCAGGAGAUUAAAUCUGCAGUUACCAAAGUUUUCUAUUAGUGGGUCUUAUGAUGUUAAAACCCUAUUUGAGCAAAUGGGCAUUACUGAAGUGUUCUCAGGUAAUGCUGAUCUGUCUGGAAUUAGUGGCAACCACAAUCUCCAGGUUUCACAAGCAAUUCACAAGGCCUUGCUGGAAGUUGAUGAGGCUGGAGCUGAAGCUGCAGGAGCCACUGCCAUAAUCUUUACCAGAAUUUCCUCUGCUUCUUAUACCAUCAAAUUCAACAGGCCCUUCCUUAUUUUGAUUUCUGACAAACAAACUGGCACCACACUUUUCAUGGGGAAAAUUGUUGAUCCUACUAAGGAGUAAUAGCUGGGUUAUUUGGCACAUUGAUAUUGGGUAUGGGUUAUAAUGGCUACAGUGUUUGCAGUUUUGGGCGAGGUAGUGCUGCUAACUAGUCUCUCUCUGCUUGAGGGAUAUUCAGAAGUAAAUGAGAACUUUUCUUAUCAAAUUAGUAAGAAAUAAACAUUGUAAAAAAUCACCUUCAACUGACAGUUUUAAAAUGUAACAUUUUCCCAUUCAAUAAUUGUAUUGGGUUUGCAUGACAAGGUUUUAGUAGUGGGGGCCUGUGGGGGGCCUAUAGGGGUGACUUCACUAAGAAGCUGCCAGAAGCUUCCCCCAUAUCAGACAGAGCCACUGCCAGCUAGCUCCAAGAUGGAUCUGCUGCUGCUGAAGGCUGAGACAAUCAGGAAUGAUAGUAAAACCUCUGUGGUAACACAUUUGAGAAGACCAUAAAGUUAUUUUGCAGAAGUAAUUGAGGCCAAAGAAGUUCAGAGUGAGAAUAAAUGACAGAAAUCAUUCUCCAGACGCCAAGGUCAGUGAAGAACUAGGGGAGGAGGUGCUUCAGGUGCCAAAGCAAAGAUCCACCUGCAGGCUGUGGUGCAGACCAUGGUGAGCAGGCUGUCACCGUGCAGCCCACGGAGAUCCAGGGGAGAGCUGAGAUCCACCUACAGCCCAUGGAGGAGGCCCACUCAGGAGUAGGUGGAUGUCCAAAAGAAGGCUGUGGCCCCAUGGGAAGCCCACACUGGAGCAGACUCCUGCAGGACCUGCAGACCCAUGAAGAGAGGAGCCCACUCUGGAGCAGGUUUGCUGCCUGGGCUUGUGACUGGUUGGGGACCCGUGCAGGAGCAGCCUGUGCCUGAAGGACUGUCCCCUGUGCCAGGGACCCACAAGGGAGCAGUUCGUACAGAACUGUAGUCCAUGGGAAAGACUCACACUAGAGAAGUUUGUGGAGGACUGGCUCCUGUGUGAGGGACCCCACACUGGAGCAGGGAAAAGACUCCUCUCCCUGAGGAGGAAACAGCAGCAGAACCAUGUGAUAAACUGGCCAUGAGCCUUAUUGCCCUUCUCCCUGAGCUGGGGCAAAGGUGUUUUUAAGAUUUGUUUUACUUCUCAUUAUCCUGCUCUUGUUUUAAUUGGGAAUAAAUUCAGUUAAUUUCUCCAAGUAAAAUCUAUUUUGCCUGUGACAGUAAUCAGUUUGUGAUCUUUCCCUAUCCUUAUCUCAACUCAUGAACCUUUCAUUUUGUUUUCUCCAUGUUUUCCAGUUGAGGAAAGAACUGAUGGAGUGACUUUAGUGGGCAUUUGUCAUCCAACCAGGGUAAAACCACCACAACAAUUCAACUUAUUCAUGCACAUUCCAAAUUUUCCAUGGAAGAUAACUUUUUCUUAAGUAUGUUGUUAUAUUUAAAAAUUAAUUAUAUCUGCUAAGGAGUUUUGUCUUGCUUUCAGUUCUGGAUUACUCACCAAAAGUUUUAUCCCAAUAGGUAACAACUCUUGUCAUUCUACUAUGUCUUCUCCAGUAUUCACUUGAGCUGGUCCCUACAGAGUCCUUUCCCCCUUAUAUCUCUCUUUGCUGCCUAGGCUGCUGUUUAUCCUCAAUCAGCCUGUUCUUUCUCACAGGUUCCAGCUCUUUGCCUAGGACAUUCUUAAGAAAUCAUUGACAAAAAAAGAAAGAGAAUUAUCCCUGAAACAAUAGACUUAUUCUGAUGUAGCUCUUACUGCAAGUGCCUCUUUGCACUCCACUAGGUAAGCAAAAAAACUUUGAGACAGUGACAUUAGGCAUAGCAGAAACAGUCAAAGAAUUGUCUGGGAAAAAA